GGGCUUAAUAGAGGAAAAAAUACAACCAGAGCCCUGCAAAUCCGAGGUUAUACCGUGUAGAUGCAUAGCAAUGACUUCAGGAAUAAGAACCGAGGGGGCGGGAAAGUAAACUGUUCAGCACCAUCAUGGCGGGUGAUAUGAUGUUGCUUAUGCGAGGCUUGGCCAAGUUGAGCCAGGCUGUGGUGGAGACCCAGAGCAACGCCGUGCGCAGUGGGACCGGAGUUGCAGGCGUCGGUGCCGCUGUCCAGACCGUCCAAUCAGCCGCAGAGCAAGGCCUGUCUGUAGCCAUGUCGAAAAUACAGGAGCUGUCUGGUCAGCAGCAAAGCACCUCUGAGUCAGAGUUGGAUUUUCCUCAGGAUGAGACGUCGUUCGCAUCGUCGGAGUUCAGGGAAGAACACGCAGACUUUACAGCUCAUCACACAGAGACGGGUACUGACGGGUUGGCAGGGACCAGCAACACGAGCGGGAAAAAGUCAAUGUUUGAGGGAUACAAAGAUCCAAGCGGCCAGUUCAGUGGUCACACAAGAUCCUACCACCAACACGCCAGGCAUUUCCUUGGACAUCAGCGGUACAACCACAGCCUGAGCAGGCAUUAUCCACACCAGUUCAGGAGCUACCACCAGGACCAGUCCUCAGUGGGAGGACUGACAGCUGAGGACAUUGAGAAAACCAGCCAGAGCAAGAGGGCUGACUCGAAGCCGCACAAGCAGAUGCUGAGCGAACAAGCCAGAGAGAGGAAGGUGCCUGUGACCCGGCUCGGCAGAUUGGCCAACUUUGGAGGUUUAGCUGUGGGUUUAGGUAUUGGAGCCCUGGCAGAAGUCGCAAAGAAGAGCAUCGGAAUGAACGGAGCUGCAGGUGAAAAUAAGAAAGCCGUUCUGGACUCCAGCCCCUUCCUGUCCGAGGCCAACGCUGAGCGCAUCGUCAGGACCUUGUGCAAAGUCAGAGGAGCCGCUCUCAAACUUGGACAAGCUCUAAGUAUCCAAGACGAUGCGUUCAUCAAUCCUCAACUCGCCAAGAUCUUUGAGCGUGUCAGGCAGAGCGCCGACUUCAUGCCAAUCAAACAGAUGACAGUAAGUGUCUUCUCUCCAGCAAAAACCUUCAUAUUUACGGAUGAAU